AUGUACAGUAAACACAGGCAGAAAAAUGGCCACAUCUCUUCGGCGGCGUGCGCGUCUUUGCUCUGGUCGCUCAUUUUCCUCUCGCUCAACGGCGGCGGCGGCGGCGCCCCGGGAAAAGCCAGCGGAGCGGGGUUACAGAGAGGACGCGCGGUGACGACGAGAUGGCUUUCUCAAGGCCGAAUCAAGAGGGAGGCGGACGCCGCCGCUCAGGACGAACGGCCAAUUAGAGGGGAAAUUGCGCUGUCCUCCGGUGACCUCCAACUGGUGCUACGAGUCCAACAUAACCAUGAGCUCUUGGCUCCGGGUUUCACCGAGACGUACUACGCAGAAGAUGGACGACCGGUGACGGCGACCCGUCGGAAUCACACGGAUCACUGUUUCUAUCACGGCGACGUAAGAGGACAUCCGCAUUCCUGGGUGGCCCUCAGCACGUGUUCGGGCGUCAGGGGCCUGAUCUCUUUGAAUUCCAACCACACCUACUACCUGGAGCCGACGGAAAACGCGGGCUACCAUUCCUUACUGCCCGCCGACCAACUGGAAUUUAAAGGCGGAAACUGCGGACGCGGCGCCGGCGAGCCGUCCCGCCGCAUCUCCGACCUCCUCGGGCCGCGUCGUUCCAGGGUGAAAAGGAACACGUGGGGCACCACCAAGUAUAUGGAGCUCUAUAUUGUGGCUGACAACACGCUGUUUAAACGGCAAAAUAGAGACUAUGACAAAAUCAAGACGAGGAUCAUGGAAAUCGCUAAUUACGUGGACAAGUUCUACAGGGCCCUGAACAUCCGCGUGCCUCUGAUCGGUUUGGAGGUGUGGACCGAGCGGGACCAGUGCAUGGUCUCCGAGGAGCCCAACGCCACCCUUUGGUCCUUCCUCCAGUGGAGACAGAAGCUGAAGUCCCGCAAAAAGCACGACAACGCGCAACUGCUCACCGGCGUGAUCUUCAAGGGGACCACCAUCGGGAUGGCGCCGUUGGAGGGCAUGUGCAGUCCGGAGAACUCCGGAGGAAUCAACGUGGAUCACUCGGAGCUGUCCGUCGGCGCCGCCGCCACCAUGGCCCACGAGAUCGGCCACAAUUUCGGGAUGAGUCACGACCGCGACGGCUGCUGCGCGGAAGCCGCGGCCGACCAGGGGGGCUGCGUCAUGGCGGCCGCCACCGGGCAUCCCUUUCCGAAGGUGUUCAGCCAGUGCAGCAAAAGCGACCUCGACAACUACUUCCAGAAGGGAGGCGGCAUGUGUCUCUACGACAGGCCCGACAUGAAGGACCUCGUCGGGGGAAAAAGGUGCGGGAACGGCUUCGUGGAGGACGGCGAGGAGUGCGACUGCGGCCAGCCCGAUGAAUGCGCUAAUGAUUGUUGCAAUGCCAAUAACUGCACCCUGAAGGAAGCGGCUCAGUGUGCCCACGGAGUUUGCUGUCAGGCUUGCAAGCUGAAGCAAGCGGGGACCAUGUGCCGGGGCCCGGCCGGAGGCUGCGACCUGCCGGAGUACUGCACGGGCGCCUCGCCCUACUGCCCCGCCAACGUCUAUCUCCUGGACGGCUCCGCUUGUCAAUACGGACGGGCCUACUGCUACAACGGCAUGUGUCUGACCCACCGGCAGCAGUGCUUGCAGCUUUGGGGCUCCGGUGCCCGCCCGGCGCACGACGCCUGUUUCGAGGACGUCAACGCGGCGGGGAACGCUUUCGGAAACUGCGGGAAAGACGAGCGCGGAAACUACGUGGUGUGCGCAAAAAGCGACGCCAAAUGCGGCAAGAUCCAGUGCCACAGCGCCGCCAAGAAGCCCAAAGGCACCAACGCCGUUUCCAUAGACACCACCAUCAAGACGGGAGGCGUGGAGGUCAAGUGUCGCGGGACGUACGUCUACAGCACCCAGGACGGGCAGGGGGACCUGCCCGACCCUGGCUUGGUCGCGACGGGCACAAAGUGCGGCGAGGGCAAGGUGUGCCGGGACCGCCGCUGUCAAAACGCCUCUUUUAGCGAACUGAACGCCUGCAUCUCCCGCUGUCACGGCAACGGGGUUUGCAACAGCAACGGCAACUGCCACUGUCACGGAGGUUGGGCGCCGCCCUUCUGCGACAAGCCGGGACUCGGAGGGAGCGUCGACAGCGGGCCCGUGCAGCACGAUAGUCAAGUGGGCUUGGUGGUGGGCCUGUUCUUGGCCUUCCUGGUGGUCUUGCCCACCGUGCUGCUGCUAUUCUACUGCUACCGGAUCAAGACGUCCUACUUUCGCAAGUGGCUCGCGCAGAGAGAGAAGAACAAGAGCGACAAGGCGGAGAAAGCCAAGAAAAACGGACACCUAAAUCCCGCGUUUCACCUCAAAGUCGUCGGACCGACGGGCAAAGCGAGCGGCCGCGAGGGGGUACGUUCAAAGUAA